UCUCCUAGUCUUUUCUUUUCUAACUAGCAAUACACGCCGAUUCCCCUCAGCUCUCGCAAAAGCUUCAUUUUGCGUCUCCUGGCAACAGACGUUUACGUCGUGUGAACCAAUGGCGACAACCGGAGGCAGACUCCAAGGUGGAUUGACAGGCAAGGCGUCCAAUCACAGUCUCGCAAAGACGCGACACGCGGUGCAUUGUGGGAGGCGGCUCCUAUGGAUUUCAGGUUGACAACAAGCGGGCGGCAGAAAACUUAACUUCUUAUCCUUUACGCUCUGCUCGACUUGAACAGGGAGAAGAUGAUGGAACGCGUGCACUUAGCAGCAGAGGAGGAAGAUGAUCUGUACUCCGGCUACAACGACUACAAUCCAGCGUUUGACACUGAUGACUUGGAGAACGAUGCGGGGUUUCAGCAGGCAGUUAAGACCAGCCAUGGAAGGAGGCCUCCUGUGACUGCUAAAAUCCCUGGCACAGCCAUAGGGGCGCGGCCCUUGGGCACAUCAUUUAUGGGAAAGAUGGAGACAGGCAGGGAUAGUGAAGUGCUGAAGGAAGAGAUCAGGAAGGGAGAGGGUAGAAGGUUUUUAAAGUCAAGGGCUCCACUGUCCUCGUCUCUGGGACGACCCAUGACAGGUGCGCUGCAGGAUGGAGUUUCUCGACCAAUGACUGCAGUGCGGGCGGCUGGCUACUCCUCGGCGAUGAGCAGAGGUUCUGCUUUUGACCCGUUUGGCCAGUCCAAAGGACCUGCACCACCACUGGAAACUAAAAAUGAAGACACUCCUGAAGAAAAGAUCAAGAUUCUGGAAAAGAAGGUGAAUGACUUGAUUGAAGAAAGCUGCAUGGCACACAGUCAAGGGGAUCUUCAGCUGGCACUGGAAAAAGCUAAAGAAGCAGGCCGAAAGGAGAGGGCGCUGGUCAGACAGCGGGAGCAAGUGGGAACCUCGGAGCAUGUCAACUUGGACCUGACGUAUUCUGUUCUGUUUAAUUUAGCAAACCAGUAUGCAAACAGUGAAAUGUAUCCUGAAGCCCUGAAUACCUACCAAGUGAUAGUGAAGAAUAAAAUGUUCAGUAAUGCAGGAAGGUUAAAAGUGAACAUGGCAAAUAUCUAUUUCAAACAGAAGAACUACCCAAAGGCAAUCAAAUUUUACCGUAUGGCUUUAGACCAGAUUUCCAGCGCCCACAAGGAAAUGCGGAUUAAAAUAAUGCAGAACAUUGGAGUGGUUUUUGUGAAGAUGGGUCAGUACUCUGAUGCCGUUACCUCAUUUGAGCACAUUAUGAGUGAAAGCCCAAACAUUAGGACUGGUUUUAACUUGAUCCUCUGCUACUAUGCUACUGGGGAUCGGGAGAGGAUGAAGAAAGCUUUUCAGAAACUGAUCUCUGUCCCUCUGGGCAUUGAUGAGGAGGAGAGAUACACCCCUGCUAAUGAUGAUCCACAUUCAAACCUUGUGAUUGAGGCGAUUAAGAACGAUCAACUUCGCCAAAUGGAAAGAGAGAGAAAAGCUUUGGCCGAGAAGUUCAUCAUGACGUCGGCAAAACUCAUUGCGCCCGCCAUUGAGGCUUCCUUUGCAGCAGGGUUUGACUGGUGUGUAGAAAUGGUGAAAAGCUCACAGUAUGUAGAACUAGCAAAUGACCUAGAAAUUAACAAAGCCAUAACCUACCUGAGGCAGAGGGAUUUCAAUCAGGCUGUGGAAACCCUAAAAACGUUUGAGAAGAAGGACAGCAGGGUAAAAAGUGCUGCGGCCACCAAUCUCUCCUUUCUUUAUUUCCUGGAGAAUGACUGCGAUCAGGCAGAGAGGUAUGCGGACCUGGCUAUGAGUGCGGAUCGGUAUAACCCAGCCGCUCUGGUCAACAAGGGGAACACGGUGUUUGUGAAGGGAGACUAUGAGAAGGCGGCCGAGUUCUACAAAGAAGCCCUGAGAAAUGACUCCUCCUGCACUGAGGCACUCUACAACGUAGGCCUGACCUAUAAGAAGCUGAACAGACUGGAGGAGGCUCUUGACUGCUUCCUGAAGCUGCAUGCCAUCCUGAGAAACAGCGCCCAGGUCAUGUACCAGCUAGCAAGUCUGUAUGAAAUGCUGGAAGAUCCAAACCAGGCUAUUGAAUGGCUGAUGCAGUUGAUAAGUGUGUCGCCCACUGAUCCACAGGCUUUAGCUAAGCUGGGAGAGAUGUAUGACAACGAGGGAGACAAGUCCCAAGCCUUCCAGUAUUACUACGAAGCUUUCAGGUAUUUCCCAUCAAACAUCGAUGUGAUUGAGUGGCUGGGAGCCUACUACAUUGACACUCAGUUCUGUGAAAAAGCAAUUAUGUAUUUUGAGAGAGCUGCCCUUAUUCAGCCAACUCAUGUGAAAUGGCAGUUAAUGGCAGCCAGCUGCUACAGGAGAAGUGGAAACUACCAGAAAGCACUGUACACGUACAAAGACAUCCACCGAAAAUUUCCAGAAAAUGUAGAAUGUCUGCGGUUCCUUGUUCGCCUCUGUACAGAUAUGGGACUGAAGGAGGUGCAGGACUAUGCCACUAAGCUGAAGAAGGUAGAGAAGAUGAAGGAGAUAAGAGAGCAGCGUGUGAAAUCUGGCAGGGAGAGUAGUGCCCGUGGACGCAGGGAAGGCAGUGCCGGCAGUGGAAACACAGGGCAAAAGCAUGCGGAACUCCUGCUCUUGGUAGCUUCUGCUCAUUCUAGUGUGACUGCUAUCAAGAGGACCAAUGUCCUUCCUGAAAACAGACACAGCCCCCUCCUGGAGCAGGUUAGAGGUAUGUACUGUACACAGCAGUGGUGGCUCCCGCUUGGAAAGCUGGGCUCAGCCCACAAAGCACAUGUAACCUGGAAGAAGCUUCACAGUCUCCUCUACCACAACAUUAUUUUCAGGCAGCUGGAAAUAAAAACAAAUUGUACUCGUUUGAUAUUGCAUGACUAACCCUGCCUUGCAUAGUUCCAUAUGCUCCAUAUGUCACAAUGUCAGGUCUGAUUUCCACAAGAAGCUGGACCUCUGACAGUACGGUAUGUUACCAGGAGCCAAUAAUAAAUCAUAAUAGCUUGCAUCUGUACAGCCUUUUCCGUCCCAGGUGGUUCCAAAGCACUUCAUUUAUAGGAGAGGACCCACUACAUCAACCAAUAAAGUGCAAAACCCAUUUGCACAAAACCCGUUGUGAGCCAGCAGCCCGCAGUGGAAAAGUGAGCAAUGACAUCUCCAGUUGGACCGAGGGUGGAAAUUUAGGAAGGCAAGAUUGAGCAAGCCCAAUACAAAGUAGAAAUUAGCCAGGACAUUCUAGUGAAUAGUGCCAUGAGAUAUUUAAUGACUAAUUUCUCAUCUAAAGGAUGUCACCUCCUACAGUGCAGUGUCACUGUUGUACAGUAUAGUCACCAUGCUGGGGCUUUGGUUUGGAAGUUGUACAGAGUGAAGGCUACUGGUCUACCAGCAUCAUUUUCCCAAGAGGUCCCCCAUCACAUUGCUGAUGAGUCCCAGUCUUGAUUAGCUGCUUUGAUCUGAUGAGAUCAGCCUAGGAGGUUGUGUCUCCACUUUCAAUAGUGCAUGUUUUAAAAGCCAGUUGGAUACCUUUUUUACAAUCAUGGUAACACAACGGGAAGAUGUAGAGUCAAGAACAGGAAUAAUUUUAAAGGUCAUUUUAACAGUUCAGUUAGAAUGUCAUUUUGUUUAGGCUCCUGCUUGUUUUUAUUAGAAAGCUGUACCAAUGACGCUUUCAUCCAUCUUUUGUGUUCUUUAAUUGAAUGUAAAGUGAAUUGAGCUAAAGGUGUUUGCGUGCAAUUAGCUGUCAGGCUUGUGAAGAUCACACCUAAUUAGAAGUGGUAGUGGCUAAGUGCAAAAUUGAAUAUUAUUUGAGAAUGGCACAACAUUCUUCAUCACAACAGUAAUGAAGUAAAUGAUGAUGUAAGAGUGUAGAUAAAUACAUGCAGAAUCUCAGCCAUUUUUAACGCUACAUAAAAGCAGUCACAAAAAGUCAAAGUCAGCCAAAUGUGAUGAGGAGCUUGGAGAAAAUGAAGCACGAAAACACACUAGAUAAUAAACCACAGACAAGUGUGAAAAGGCUAAAGUAGAUCAGUACUAUUGUGUUUUUUUCCAUUUACAGAUAAACCCCACAGACAGUUAUAAUGAGGUGCCAGUGUAUUUUAGAACUCUUAAAUAAUUCAUAUAGACAUCUUUGUUGAAUUAUUGCUUAACUUUUACUUUUUACUUUUUAACUUGGUUGAACUCUUCUAGUCUGGGUUAAGAUAACGUUGUCUGACUUUACCUGUCCUACAGGGCUGACAGCUGUUUCAAAUCAGAUCUGUAGGAAGUCCCUUUAUAUGUUUUUAGCAAUUUAACAAUAUAGAAGGUGGCUGCAUUUAAUAAUUCCUUCACACAUUGGUUACAUCAUCAUCCGUAAACCCCCCUACAAAGCACGCAGUGCAACAGUUGUCAGUGUAACAAUUUAUGCAGAUGUUUCUCAUCUUGAAUAAGCCAUAAACCUUUCCAGUUUAUGCUUUGCUUUUGUAACUUAAUCCACAUGGAAGUUUUGGAGAAAAUAAUCUUUACAGCAGUUAGCAU